CUGGGAAAGCCGCAUGACUCUCGGAUCGAUCCAGGGCGACGAUGGCGGGCCCUCGGCUAUCUACCCCGAGGACACCGACAACCAGUCCGUGGAGGUGGAUUUUCAUGCGGAUAACACCAGCCUCCUGGCAGAUGAUCACCGUUCCUUCGCCGUAGACACUGGGCCUUGCCCUGAUGGCGAUGCCUACCAUGCGGCCCUGCAACGGAGUCGGGCAGCCACAAUCAAUGACCCCUCCCUGCGUGAACGAUCCAACACCUUCCUCAAGAAUGUGGUCUCACCAGAGCUGGCUCCCAUGCCCUCAAACCAAGCCCCGGCCUCCGCCUCGGCCUUCGGCUCGACUCCGGCCCCAGCACCGGGUCCCACCUACUCCCCUUCGACUUACGCGAGUGGCUUCGCUCCGGGGCACGGGGCAACCGAGACCUUCUCUCGAUCCCCCCGCUUGGAGGCGGCCUUCGUGUCGGAGAACGCGCAUCUCCUGCACUCGGCCCCGAAACGUUACAAUGCCUCUCUCGACUCCGGUGCCCAGGUUCAGAUGAAUCCCCUGCGUGCGGCGUAUGCCUAUCGCGACCACGUCCGACGUCGGAAGAAUGCCAUGACUACGGCCUUCUUCCUGGUACUGAUCGCCUUCUUCGUCGGCCUCGGGACCACCUUCAUCCUGGUGCCCAUGCCGGGAACCUUCAGCCGGGCCAUGCCCCCGGCAUCGCAAUCCCUGGCCGAACGUAUUCGUCCGAAUUUCCACAUGGCUGUGGAAUUUAACUCCUUCAGCGACUUCGCCGAGGGCGCGCCGACCACCAAAGGGCGCCCCUUCUCCCUGGGCCGGACCAAUGCCCGGCGCAGCCCGAUGGCUGCCGCCAUGGCCGGGAAUGCUCGGGACCGCCAGUACACCUCGGGCGGCAUUCAGAGCACCGACGACGCCACCACCAGUCCCACCCCCACCCCGCGACCGCCGCCGGAGCCCAUGAAGAUGUUCGUCUUCGAUCAUGAGCCCUGGCCCACGGCCAUCGUCACGUCCAACAUCACGCGCUCGUACACCGUGGACCCCAGGCGCUCGGUGUCCAAUGAGUACUUUGUGAAGGCCGGCAGCCAGCUGGAUGUGCACUACAACAAUCGCAGUGGGGCCGAUCUGAUGCUGAUGCUCUUGCGCGGAGAGCGGACCAUCUCCGAGUUCCGUGGCACCGGGGCCAUCGACUAUUCCGAUGCCCUGGAGCUGCCGGUGACCGCGCACGCUCGCGGCAACUGGACCAUCGAGCUGUCCUCCAACUCGCCAUACCUCUUUGUCCUGAGCAAUCCCAGCGAGUCGUACAUGGACGGCGAGUGUGUUGUCAGCCAAAUCAUGCAAGCUCGGUCCUACCCCCUGGAGGAUGCCAUCCUCGAGUGUGAUUCCUACUGCCAGGUGGACUUCGAGUAUGGGACCCAGGCAUACUUGGUGUACCAAACUCCCAUGGGAUACUUCUAUGAAACCGACGUCGAGGGGUACCUCCGCCGCCAUGGCCGGGUCUGGUCCCUGACCACGCUCUUUUGUGGUCUCUUGGGAUUCCUAUUCUUCAGUCUGCUCAUUGCCUAUCUUAGCAUUCGGGCACACUUCCUCAAGGAGUUCGACGUGCGCCCGGAACUUCGCGUUCCGCUACUGGAGGGGGCGGAAUCGCUUGUCGGCGGCGACUACCUGUACCAGUGACCGCGACCCGGCUCCCCGACAUGAUCCUGGGCGACCUCCUCCCCUCUCACCCUCUCUUCACAUCUACCCUGCCACGUGGCCCCUUUUCCUGUCCUCGCCUCUCCCCUCCCUGCCCGAACCUGCGUCUGCAUCCUCCGGCCGCACUCGGACAAGAGGGAAAGGGGAUUGGCCGAGUCAUGACCAGGCGCACGCCGGCAUGUCACCUCCGUGCCCCUGGCCGGGGAACAGUACCUCACAAUAAAUGCCCCACCGGGGCGAGCAUAGAUA